AUGUCUCCAUUAUGGGUCCGGCGACUCUGUAUUCGUGUGGUGGACUCGCUUUAUGGGUCCUUUUUGUAUUUGCCUUUGGCUAUUUUGUUCUUGAAGCGAAGCGUCACUGGCUUUGGAACCGGUGAAUGGGAUGAAUCCCAGAUACCGAAGCUCGAUGGCAAGGUAGCCGUCGUGACUGGGGGCAACGCCGGUAUAGGGUAUUACACAGUCAAACACUUGGCUUCAAGGGGCGCCAAGGUGUAUCUGGGGGCUCGAUCAGAAAGUCGUGCAAAGGCUGCCAUCAAGCGCCUUUUGGAGGAGAAUCCCUUGAUACCCCAAGAGAACGUCGUCUGGCUACGUUUGGACUUGGCGAACCAAUCCCAAGUGGUUGACGCAGCGCUUGAGCUUCAAUCGAAAGAACAGCGAUUGGACAUCCUGGUGAACAAUGCAGGAAUUGAUCCAUACGAUUACACCAGGACCGCCGACGGAUUUGAAAUGACAAUGGCCGUGAAUCACAUUGGCCAUUGGACGCUGACAUACGGUUUGCUGCCCUUGCUCAAGGCUGCAGCUGCACAAGAAAGAUCCGAUGUCCGCGUUAUCACUGUUUCAUCCUCCGGAGAAGCUUACUCAUCUCCCACCAACCAAUUUACUAGCCCAAAGGAUCUAGAUGAUCCAUGUGCUAGCCCUGGAUGGGAAAAUUCAUGCUUGGGCCAGGCAAUGAGGUAUGGAACAACCAAAUUGGCGAAUGUACUCUUUGCAUCAGAGCUGCAGCGCCGCAUGGAUGAAGAAGAUGCCAACAUCAUCUCUCUUUCUCUCAACCCUGGCACCGUAAGGACUGAUGGAGCGGCGAACGUGAUGCCUUUCAUGGUGCGUCCAUUGGUUCGUUUCCUCUUUACUGCGCCAGAGAGGGGAGCGGACACUAGUCUCUUUGCCGCAACAGCCAAGGAAAUUAAAGAGAACAGUGAGCAGUGGAAAGGUCGCUAUCUAGAUGGACCAGGAAGGAUCAAGGUGCCUUCGCUGAGAGCCCGGGAUGCUGUUGCUGGCCGUAAUCUAUGGAACAUAACCGAAGCGGCGGUGAGGGGUACUGGUGCACUAGACAGGUUGUAG